CAUCACCACCUCACACCUCCCAACCAUCAAUUCCAUCAAAAAACUGCCAAAAUGUUCGCCUCUCGCCGGUUGCCUGGCGUUGUCGCCCGCCUGGGCAUGAACCAGCCCGCUCGUUUGAUGUCAACGAGACAAGGACAGGCUCGCGUCCCCAGCUCCAUCAUCUCCACCAUCUCCACUGCUCGCCAGGCGACUGGGCGCAAUGGUUUGCUUCUCAACGGCGGUCGUAGCACAUUCGCUUCGACCAUAAUCCGUGGUGCGAUGCAAUCUCGAGGCGUCGUCGUCGAGUCGACGGCCGCCGCCCUCGUCACGGCCGCCAAGGUCGGCGGUGCUGGAGCUGCCACGAUCGGUCUUGCGGGUGCCGGUGUUGGAAUUGGCAACGUCUUCGCCGCGCUCAUCAAUGGCGUCGCUCGCAACCCGGCCCUGAGAGGUCAGCUCUUCUCGUACGCCGUCCUGGGCUUUGCCCUGUCCGAAGCUACCGGCCUGUUCGCUAUCAUGAUUGCUUUCCUUCUUCUCUACGCCUACUAGAUAAAACGCUCCAGUGCUCGCGGGUUGCGUUUCGCGCAAGAUCAGACAGAAGGGAAAGAGUCGAAGAGUGGCAGACAUGGGUUCUUGACCAGGUGGAGACGGAAACCGUUGAGCCACGCGAGCGGCUGCCAGUUCUUAGCGCUGGUCCACCCGCGCUCCCGCUGGAGCCAGCCAGGGCCCUUGUUUCCCCGCGUUUUCCGGGGUCUCAAGUUUCUGUUGAAAGGCAAUAGAAACAGGCGCUGGUUUGUAGCAUAGAAAGACGAUAAAGAUGGGCUUGUAACGGACGAAGAUAAACCGGGCAAGCUGGCGCAUUUUUUUCUGUGCGGCAUUUUGUGUGUGCAUGAUUGGUCAGCAGCCAAUUAGCUGAAGCAGCCAAUUCUCGAAUGUCCUGUCC